AUGAACGGGUCCGAAAGAAACAGCCCCAUGAGCUCAUCGGAGACUCUCAGUGGGUCCACGAGUCCUCAUGUGCUCAAACUCAUAAACGCUCCGCCACAAUCGAAAAAACAGCGAUCAUCGUCCAUGAACUCCAUAGGGUCUAAUCACUCGACUCACAACCAUCGCAGCAUGUCCAUCAUUAGCUUGGAACUGCCUCGAAAUUCCAUAGUUUCCAUCGACGACAAUUUUCUCCGUCCUACCCGCAACAACAGCUCAGCUAGCUUGACGUCGUUGGCACCGCUCGUCUCGCCCAACGAUACCAAAGACACCUACGCAUCUCAUCGAAUGUCCAAGAUCUGGCCCAAAAACAACAGUGCUAUUUUAUCAGACGACGACUCGGAGUCUGAGACCACUAGCUCACGCUUCAAAUGGCGCCGUCGGUCUAGUGACAAGAUCCUGAAACCCCCGUUUCUCUCGAGCCUCAAGAAGGACUUCAAGUUCAAGUAUGACAACCAUUCGGUGCCGAAGGUUUCGUCAGCGCCACCAUUAUCAACAAAACCACUUGACGACUCGACGCCUUCUCCGCUCUCCAUGGCGCACGAAGGCUCGUCAUUCCAUACCCACCACCAUCUGCAUCAUGGACAUUUGACAAACCCCAGCCAUCUUCAUCAUCUCCAGCAUUUUUCCGAGCCGGAUCUGGAUGCCUUGCAGGUGUCUACACGAGCCGGAGGAAAGAAGCUGCGCAACUCAUCUAUCACUCAAUCUAUCUUUCUCAAGAAGAGGCUUCUUCUCUCAAAAGACAUCCAAUUUGAACUUCUAGGGCCACAAUUGGCUGGUGUAUCUGGGUCGGUCAUGAACGAGGAAACUCGAUUUCCGGGCGUCCUGAUGCCUAUGCCUCUGCGUGGUGCUGUUCAUAAUUACCUUCUGCUGCCAGAACCUACCACUCUGACUCCACCCACGUCAGCUCACAUGCAUACGUCACCGUCUCCCCCAUUAGCUGGCUCCUCACUGUCUGUCUCACAGUCGUCUCCUCCUCGAGAGCCACAGCUGCUCAGGCAACAAAACAAGCUCAUUACAGAGCUCAACAGGAAAUGGAAUCGAGCAUUUUAUGAAGAGGAUAAACGGUUGGCGGACUUCAACUCUCGAACUCAGCCAGGACGCUCAAGAAAAGAGUCCGUUCUGAGCUGGUUUCAAGUAAUGAUAGCUUCACUACAGGUUUACUCUAGCAUUUCGGAACAGGCUCCGAAUGGAUCAUUAAAUCAUCAAUUGGAUUCGUAG